CUCUAGAUUGGUGCUUGAUACUUGCUCAUUGAUCACUAGUAGUGUAUCCAUGGACUACGAAAUCUAAAAAGGGGUAAUUUUUUUAGCAAGUUUUUAUCACUUCAAGAGUCUCUGUUACGUAAUAGCUGGUCCAAAAUGUUUAAGCCAAGUUGUUCGUCGUCUGCACCUGCUUCCUCUUCGAUAACGAGUCAGGAAGCUCAGGUGAAGUAUAAAGGAGUGAGGAAGCGAAAGUGGGGGAAAUGGGUGUCGGAAAUAAGGCUUCCCAAUAGUAGAGAACGUAUUUGGUUAGGCUCUUAUGACUCUGCUGAAAAGGCAGCUCGAGCAUUCGAUGCUGCACUCUUCUGUCUUCGUGGCAAGAAUGCUACGUUCAAUUUUGCGGAUAUUCCUCCUGAUCUUGUGGGGGGUCGGACGCUUACGCCGGCUGAAAUACAAGCUGUUGCAUCUGAAUACGCCAACCAGUAUGGUAAUAAGGAGAAGCAGCAGCAGCAGGGAGAGGGAUUGAUCGGUGAAAAAGAAGAUGAUCCAUUGCAGUUUGAUCAGGAUACAUCGCCAAUAUCAUCAAAUUCAGACGGUGCACUUCAGAAUAUGGAUUGGUCGUUUCUUGGUAUGCUAGAACCAAAUGGAGCUGCAACAGGGGCAACUUCCAACGCACCAGAUUAUGAUUUGAUGCUUUCUAGCCUCGACAACCUGCAUGAGGACAUGUAUAUGACUCCACACGUAGGGACCAAGGUUGAUGUUGAUCACAACUUCAAUGGUCAGCACGAAGAUUAUCAACAUCUUGAUGAAAACUAUUCUCAUCAGUCUUUCCUUUGGAACUUCUAAUUGCUGAAGGAAUUAGAAAUCUGCAGAAGAAAUCUGCCUUUAUUGAUCUGUGCAAUAUAACUUUACAAAGGUAUAUCCUACUACAUUAGAUAA